GACAUUCCCGAUCGCUUGUCCGCAAACGAUGCAUAUAUGUUCCCUGUGAUCGGGUCCGGGGUGCUUUUUGGACUGUACCUUGUGAUGAAGUAUCUUGGUACAGAAUGGAUCAACUGGCUACUGCAGUGGUACUUUACUCUUACGGGAGUCGGUAGUGUCAGCAAAGUACGCCUCGUGUUUAAACUUCGAGAAGACGCAGAUACUGUUCCGGAAAGGGCCAAGAGGUGUGUCUCAACAGAUUGGACCUGUUCGUCUGCGUCUUACAUUCGGGCAGAAAUUGCCUCCAUCUCAAUGAGGACCCCUUCCUGGUUUCUCCUCGUGGUCGCUACUCUGCCGUCCAUCUUGUACACUUUCGGGCCCAGUACCACGCGCAGGUCCGCCGUGUUGACGGAUAUCCUCGCAAUGUCAUUCUCCCAUAACGCGCUCUCGCUGCUCAAAAUCGACUCAUUCAAGACGGGCUGCGUUUUGCUUUCUGGUCUCUUCCUCUAUGACAUCUGGUGGGUCUUCGGAACGGAGGUGAUGGUGAAGGUUGCGACGAAUCUCGACGUACCCAUCAAGAUCGUUUGGGCUAAAUCGCUCACGUUCUCCACUGAACGUGGCUUCACGAUGCUAGGCUUAGGCGACAUCGUCGUUCCCGGCAUGUUUAUCGCACUAGCACUGCGCUAUGACCAUCACCGCUCGUCUCAAAAAGCGCCAGGCAGCGCAUAUGCGAAGCCUUACUUCACAGCCGCUGUGUUCGCAUAUGUCCUGGGGCUGGGAACUACCAUGUUCGUGAUGCACUACUUCAAGAAGGCACAGCCAGCGCUUCUUUACCUCAGUCCUGCAUGCAUUUUGUCUUUCUUGCUCACGUCGGCGAUCCGAGGCGAGUUCUCUGAAGCGUGGGCAUGGAGUGACGAUCCCGAGCAGAAACCCGAAGAUGCGAUCAUCAAAGUGCAUGGAAAUGGCACUGGCGAAGCGCCCUCUACAGCACAAAAGGGAUUUUCAACGCCCAAGCAAGUGCCUGCCGAUGCGUCGCAGGAAGAACACCUUCCCCAACCACUUCAUACUAACACCGAAGACGGCGAGGGUGAUGAGCAGGAUGACAAGGGGAGAAUGACACGCCGGAAGAAACACUAA